AUGUGGCCCAACAGAAAAAUCUCUCAAAACGUCGGGCCUACCUCUCCGCCGGAGACUCCGCGAACGGCUUCCCCGGUUUUUGGCCGCAAAAGCAGCCCCCCGCCCUCCGGGGUGUCUGCGCCCACGCCGCCGCCGCUUCCACACUCCCGUCACCACCACCACCAUAAUCACCUCCGGCCCAUGGCGCCCCCCCCCUUGUCGACCGGAGGAGUUCCGGUGGCGUUCAAUGGCGGUCGGCCAGAUCAAUUAUCACCACGAACCACCAGCUGUUCCUCUUCCUCGUCGUCGGAAGACGAAUCCGACAACGAUUCCCAACCCGCCGGGCCAUCCCGGUCCGCGACCCCUGAACAACCACAACUAGAGCCAUCCCCACUUCUACCCCAGAUUCCACACAUAUCGGCCAGGAUAGGCCGGUCAACCUCCAUCACAAUCGGCCGUGUCAUCGCCGAGACGGACUCCAAUUUCGUCAUUGAGGAGCUCUCCGACUUUGCCGACAGCGACGACGAGAGAGAUGGGGUUCUCCGGCCGGAUUACAUUGAAUACGCCGAGUCCAACCGCAGCCGCUCCCGCUCAAGGACGAGACGGCCGGCGGUAAUAGACAGGACGUUUAUCUUCAGCCUCCACAACCUCAAUUGCGACGAUGAGUCUGACGAGACGGACCUCGACGAGGCCGAGUAUCGCGAGUUUUUGAUCAAGAGGAGGGAGGAGAAGAAGAAGAGGAGGAUGACGAGUGGGAGCAUAGGGAAGAGGACCAUCAGUGAGAGCAUCGGGAGUGAUACUGAUUUGGAGGAUUUGAAGCCUUGGCUGGGGCCAAAUUCGUCGGAGGACCAGACGGGGGGGAGGAGGAUGAGGAGACGGGUUAGCAUGGUGGAUCAUCACAUGAGAAGGAGGAGUUCGAUUUUUCAGCAUGAGGCGAGGACGUCGAGGAUUGAGGAGUUGGAUGAGCCCGAGUCGGAUGAUGGGGUCUUUUUGGAGGUGGGAGGGGUGGGGGAGAAGUUGGCGAGGGAGUUGCCUUAUUAUGAGUAUGUUAGUAUGGAGGUGGAUUCGCCCUAG